AAUGCGAUUUAAUGUAUACCAAAGGUCUGUGUGUUUUCCUCUUCAUCAACCGCAAACCUUGAUCUGUCAGGCAAUCUUCGUAACACUCCUUUCCUGUUUGGAGGGCUCGUAUUGGUCACUAAGUGAAUGUUAAGUAUAGAAAUACUUGUUAUUACCAGGUUCACAUCUUCUUUCUACUUUAAUAUGCUCUGAAAAAGGUGCAAAGUACUCAAACAUUAAAGGGUUCCUGAUCUGAACUUCGAACUCUGACCUAGCUUGACACAUGACAUGACCUAGUUAUGUAACAAGAGAUUUUGUUUCGAUUGCUCUGGGUAUGUUUAUGCUUUAAGCAGGUCUUACGUAGAUCUAUCGCGGGUGCCCGGGUGGAGGUGUUUGUCAGACUCUCAGUGGAUGCUUUUUCUGUGCUGAAAAAAUGGAGGAUCAAGUCAGAGGGAAGGAAAUAUGGAAGCACAACAUUACAGAACCCAACUAUGGUUGUCAUGUUGUGGCAGUGUCAUGUUUUUCCUUCUUCUUGGUAUCGAAACUCGUUGUUUUCCUCACACCACUUGUUGCUCAAACUGAGAAGUCUUCAUGGAAGUGGAAGAACAUCUCGGUGUCGUUCAUUCAUUCCGUUUUGAGCAGCAUUUGGGCCUUCUUGUGUUUUUAUGAGCGGCCCGACAUGGCAGAGGACCUCAUCACAAUUUUCACACCUUUGUCACAUUCCUUAGCGGCUUUUUCCGUGGGUUACUUUCUGUACGACCUCAUAGAGCUAUUGGUACACCAGAGAACGCGACAGUCGUUGGAGCUUAUCGGACACCACGUCGUGAUAAUCUCCUGCUUCAUGGUAGCAGUGCUGACUCGGCAUUACGUGGGGUACGCGGUGGUUGCCCUCAUCGUGGAGAUCAACAGCAUCUUCCUGCACUUCCGACAGCUGCUCCAAAUCUGUGGGACGUCAAAGUUCAACCCGUGGUACCGCCUGAACAGCCUCAUUAAUUUAG